GCCCCGUCCCGUCCAGUCUGGCCUGGGCGCAGAAGGAACUGCGGUCCUAGCCGCUGCCGCCCAACAGCCUGUCCUGGGUGUCCCGUGCCCUGCCCCCAUCCAGUCAUGACCCUGCGCCCCUCACUUUUCCCGCUCCGUCUGCUGCUGCUGCUGCUGCUGCUCAGUGGGGCGGUGUGCCGGGCUGAGGCUGGGCUCGAAACCGAAAGUCCCGUCCGGACCCUCCAAGUAGAGACCCUGGUGGAGCCCCCGGAACCGUGUGCUGAGCCUGCUGCCUUUGGAGACACGCUUCACAUACACUACUCGGGCAGCUUGGUAGAUGGACGCAUCUUUGACACUUCUCUGACCAGAGAUCCUCUGGUUAUAGAACUUGGCCAAAAGCAGGUGAUACCAGGUCUGGAGCAGAGCCUUCUAGACAUGUGUGUGGGAGAGAAGCGAAGGGUAAUCAUUCCUUCUCACUUGGCCUAUGGAAAACGGGGAUUUCCACCAUCUAUCCCAGCGGAUGCAGAGCUGCAUUUUGACGUGGAGCUCAUUGCACUGAUCCGAGCCAACUACUGGCAAAAGCUGGUGAAGGGCAUUUUGCCUCUGGUAGGCAUGGCCAUGGUGCCAACCCUCCUGGGCCUCAUUGGGUAUCACCUAUACAAAAAGGCCAGCAGACCUAAAGUCUCCAAAAAGAAGCUCAAGGAAGAGAAACGAAACAAGAACAAAAAGAAAUAAACAAUUUUUUAAAACCUU